AUGGGUGGUGUUUCAGUUAAGGACGUCGAGGCGCAGAAGUUCAUCACUUCCUAUGCCGCUUUCUUGAAGAGGCAGGGAAAGCUCCCCAUCCCAGGUUCGUACUAUUCCAGCGGCUUGCUGACCGUCUUAUCUACAGGUUGGGUUGAUACCGUCAAGACAUCGCACUCCAACGAGCUGCCCCCCCAGGACAUUGACUGGUUCUACGUCCGCGCCGCCGCCGUCGCGCGCCACGUCUACAUGCGCAAGACCGUCGGUGUCGGCCGUCUUCGCAAGGUCCACGGUUCCACCAAGAACCGCGGCUCGCGUCCCUCCCACCACGUCGAUGCCUCCGGCUCCGUCGACCGCAAGGUCCUCCAGGCCCUGGCCAAGAUCGGCGUUGUAGAGAUCGAUGAGGAGAAGGGCGGUCGCCGCAUCACCCAGUCCGGCCAGCGUGAUUUGGACCGUAUUGCACAGACCACCCUCGAGGCUGAGGAGGAGGACGAGGACGACGAGUAA